CAUAUUUUUUAACAGCAAAUUAUUAUUAUUUUAUUUUUCUGAGUAUAAAGUUAAAAACGUUGCGCCUGUUCUACUUCACGACUGUAUUGGAUUACACUAACAUGUAGAAAUGUUAGGGUUUAUUGCUUAUAAAACGGAAUAUUUCCCAAUAAAAGCGCGGGGAUUUGCUAUUAAAAUCUGCUAGGGAAAAUGGUGGCCAUUUAGUUGAACAGCAGGCUGAUUUAUUAUUUAUUGUUCUGUCCCACGGUCACGUGUUUGGGGCGCCCUAUCCAGUCUUGGGCAAGGUUCAACUUACUGGACGCAUUGAGCUCCAAGCUGGCGCAGGAACACAGCGCGUGAUAUCAUGCAAUUUAUCCCAUUGAUCUGAAUUCUGCAGGAUUGUAACGCGGUAGGAUUUUUUUUUCCUUUGCAAUGUCGACGUUGGGAACGAGUUACUAUGUCGACUCGCGCAUUCUUCCCGAGCAGGAAGAUAUGGCACCGAGGUUCUCAUCAGCUGCAGGGGUGGAGCAGGCGGUGCUCGCCGAAUAUGGCGGACAGGAGUCUUGUCCUCUGCAGACGAAAUCUUCUAUUUUUGGCGGAUCGUGGAGUCCCAUCUCGACCCACCCUCCGAACACGGCACCUCCGACCUACAUUCACCACCACUACACCAGCGGGGACAGCGAUGGCGUGUUUACGCGCUCCUGGGCGAUGGAUCCGGUUUCUGCGUCCCUGUGUUUAACGGGAUUACCGUCGGCAGCCAUGCACUAUGAUAUCAAGCCGGAGCCUCUGAUUGGGAGCGUCGAGUGUACAACUUUGGAGGCGCACACACCUCUUUUGUCUGACAUUGAAAACGGAGCGUCCCUGACGGAGCUUCCCUGCGAAAGCACGUCCGCGUCUAAAGGCGCCGAGGACAGCACGUCAGCGGAGGAGAAGAGGGAGAUGGACGCAAAUAACCCAUCAUCCAACUGGCUUCACGCAAAGCCCACGAGAAAAAAGCGCUGCCCCUAUACAAAGCACCAAAUCCUCGAACUGGAAAAGGAGUUUCUCUUUAACAUGUACCUCCCGCGGGAUCGGAGGUACGAGGUAGCCAGACUCCUGAAUUUGACCGAGAGGCAGGUGAAAAUCUGGUUUCAGAACCGCAGGAUGAAGAUGAAGAAAGAAAACAAAGACCGGCGAAGGGACAGUUAAAGUGUGUUCUGGACUGAUGCUGGAUUUCAGUGUCCAGGGGUGAGGGGUUUGGGGGAGAGAGAGAGACCAGGAGGAGGGGGAGGAGGAGGAGGAGGAGGAGGGCUGUGUGUUCUACAAUAUUCCUGAGCUGUCGUUAGACUCACUGUUGUAAAGUUCGUGUUGUUGAAAACGAGCUGGAUGUUUCUGUUUACCCGGUGUUCCCUUGUUCGUGGGAGGACGCUGUGUCUCGUCAGAAUGUAGAUGUUUGUAGUUUUGACGCACACACACACACACACACACACACACACACACACACAGAGAGACACACAGACUAAGGCCUGGCUAAAACCACAGGCCUUUUUCUGACACUUGCAUGACUUAAACUUUACCUGAAUGUCUUUAUUCUGCUACCUAUUUGCGUUGUUUUAAGUUAUUAUUUUGCAACUUUAAUGUUUUUAAUCCAUUUGUGAAGAAAAAGAAGAAGAAGAAAAAAACCAAUAUGUUCACAUACUGAAAAUACCUCGCCGUUGAGUUCAU